AUGAUAUGCCCAAGCUGCUGUGAGCAAGCCAAGCAAUUGCAGUCUUCUCUGGCGGAGAAACUGCUGCCUCAGCCCAUCACCAUGGGGAGCACAGCGGGGGACACCUGGAUGCGGGAGUUUGAGGAUGCGAUGCGGCUGGCGGACGAGAUUAUGAGCAAGAUUCAGGAGGCCAGCGACCUGGCGCGUGCGGGGAAGGAUGCGUCACGCAGCGUGUCGUCCACACGGCGCAGCAUCACGCGCCUGAAUGCCAAGGCGGACCGGCUGGACGCACUGCUCAAGGAGGGGCCCGAGAAGGCGGGCGUGUCUGAGCGGGAGCUGUACCGGCGACAAGACAUGGUUGUAGGCAUCAGGUACCGGGCGAAGAGCCAGGCAGCCACGUUGACGCAGAUAGGGAACUCAGCCGACAGGGGGGCUCUGCUGCCCAGCAGUUCUCAGCCUGCUGAGACGGAUCGAACGGCCGGUCUGGAGAACCAGGGGAUUGUGGGCCUGCAGAAACAGAUUAUGAAGGAGCAAGACGAUCAGCUGGACGAGCUGGCGCAGACUGUGAGCAGCACGCACCACAUUGCGCUGGCGGUCAACGACGAGCUGGACCUGCACACGCAACUACUGGACGACAUCGACCGCGAUCUUGAUUCGACCAGGUCACGUGUGAAGAACGUGCGAGACAAACUCACGAGGUUGAGCAGGCAGUCAGGUCGCAGCUGCUCAUACGUCUGCUUGUUCCUGACGAUGAUUGGUAUCAUCAUCGUCCUGCUAGUGCUCAUGGACGUCUUGAAGUGGUUUUGAGUCUGAUAUAGCAAGCUCUCUGUGUUUGGAGUCAACAACAUGUAUUUUACACAUAGAACGUUCAUAGUUUUGCGACAAAUUUUAAUAGAACGGUCCCGUGAUAGAGCAAACGCGUUGACGAGGGGUGAUGGGUUGUUGCGCUCCACCUUUCAACUGAAAGUCCUUCUACAGAGCGUCCAUGUGUGGAAAGGUUUAACAAAAACUGACG